AGUUACGGCGCUGGUUCCCGGGAACAGCAGUCAAGACAGAACUGCGGAGGAGGAGUCCGGGAAAGCGGCAGUCUGGACCCCUCCUCUCCGUUCCCCCCGCCCCAGCUGAGAGGCGCCUUGGCGGGUCUGAGGAACCCUCCUCCGUACUUCCUUUGGCUGCUGCCGCCGCCAGGAGAUGGGCCUGCUCGCCCGCAGCCCUGCGCCCUGCGUCUCCCUGAGGAGUUGAAGCACAAGGGUCCCUAGCACCCCUAACCCACGGACCACUGCCAGUGGCAGCACAGCAGGAACCGGGCAGCACAACAGGAGGUGAGUGGCAGAACAUCUGUGAUAAGUCUACCAUAAAUUGAACUCCUUCAAGAAUUCUCUGAAGGAACCAAAUAGGAUUUUCUUACAUCAUGACUUAAUCUGAAUGCAAGAACAAGAAACAGGUUUUAUCUCUAAAUAUAAUGAAGGGCUGUGUGUAAACACAGACCCUGACUCAAUUCUAAUGAGCAUUUUAGACAUGAGUUUACAUCGGCAAAUGGGUUCAGAUCGAGAUCUUCAGUCUUCUGCUUCAUCUGUGAGCUUGCCUUCAGUCAAAAAGGCACCCAAAAAAAGAAGAAUUUCAAUAGGCUCUCUGUUUCGGAGGAAAAAGGAUAACAAACGUAAAUCAAGGGAGCUAAAUGGCGGGGUGGAUGGAAUUGCGAGUAUUGAAAGUAUACAUUCCGAAAUAUGUACUGAUAAGAACUCCAUUUUCUCUACAAAUACCUCCUCUGACAAUGGAUUAACUUCUAUCAGCAAACAAGUUGGAGACUUUAUAGAGUGCCCCUUGUGCCUUUUACGGCAUUCUAAAGACAGAUUUCCUGAGAUAAUGACUUGUCAUCAUAGAUCUUGUGUGGAUUGCUUACGACAAUACCUAAGGAUAGAAAUUUCUGAAAGUAGGGUUAAUAUCAGUUGCCCAGAAUGUACUGAACGGUUUAAUCCCCACGAUAUUCGCUUGAUAUUAAGUGAUGAUGUCUUGAUGGAAAAAUAUGAAGAAUUUAUGCUUAGACGGUGGCUCGUUGCGGAUCCUGAUUGUAGGUGGUGUCCAGCUCCAGACUGUGGGUAUGCUGUGAUAGCAUUCGGAUGUGCUAGCUGUCCAAAAUUAACUUGUGGGCGAGAAGGCUGUGGAACAGAGUUUUGCUACCACUGUAAACAGAUUUGGCACCCCAAUCAGACCUGUGAUGCUGCUCGACAGGAGAGAGCCCAGAGUUUACGUCUGAGAACUAUACGUUCUUCGUCCAUUAGUUAUAGUCAAGAGUCUGGAGCAGCAGAUAUUACCAAUUCCAGGAUCAGGGAUUCAGAAUCAUACCUUGCUGAUGAUAUAAAACCAUGUCCACGGUGUGCUGCUUAUAUAAUAAAGAUGAAUGAUGGGAGCUGUAAUCACAUGACAUGUGCUGUCUGUGGUUGUGAGUUUUGUUGGUUGUGUAUGAAAGAAAUCUCGGAUUUACAUUAUCUAAGUCCAUCAGGAUGUACUUUUUGGGGGAAGAAACCCUGGAGCCGAAAGAAGAAAAUAUUGUGGCAGCUGGGAACACUUGUUGGUGCUCCUGUAGGAAUUGCUUUAAUAGCUGGCAUUGCUAUCCCUGCCAUGAUUAUUGGCAUUCCUGUAUAUGUGGGCCGUAAGAUUCACAAUCGAUAUGAAGGCAAGGAUGUUUCAAAGCACAAACGGAAUUUGGCCAUAGCAGGUGGUGUAACAUUGUCUGUAAUCGUAUCUCCAGUUGUAGCUGCAGUAACUGUAGGUAUUGGUGUUCCUAUUAUGUUAGCUUAUGUCUAUGGUGUUGUUCCGAUUUCUCUCUGUCGAAGCGGAGGUUGUGGGGUCUCAGCAGGCAAUGGAAAAGGAGUCAGGAUUGAAUUUGAUGAUGAAAAUGAUAUAAAUGUUGGUGGGACAAACACAGCUGUAGACACAACUUCAGUAGCAGAAGCAAGACACAACCCUAGCAUAGGGGAGGGAAGUGUUGGUGGUUUGACCGGCAGUUUGAGUGCAAGUGGAAGCCACAUGGAUCGAAUAGGAGCCAUCCGGGACAACCUGAGUGAAACGGCCAGCACCAUGGCGCUCGCUGGAGCCAGUAUCACAGGGAGUCUGUCAGGAAGUGCCAUGGUAAACUGUUUUCACAGGUUGGAAGUACAAGCAGAUGUACAGAAAGAACGGUACAGCCUAAGUGGAGAAUCUGGCACAGUCAGUUUGGGAACAGUUAGUGAUAAUGCCAGCACCAAGGCAAUGGCAGGAUCCAUUCUGAAUUCCUACAUCCCAUUGGACAAAGAAGGCAACAGUAUGGAGGUUCAGGUAGAUAUCGAGUCAAAGCCAUCCAAAUUCAGGCACAACAGUGGAAGCAGCAGUGUGGAGGAUGGCAGUGCCACCCGAAGUCAUCCUGGGGGUUCAUCCAGUGGCUUGCCUGAAGGUAAAUCCAGUGCCACCAAGUGGUCCAAAGAAGCAGCAGCAGGAAAGAAAUCAAAAAGUGGUAAAUUGAGGAAAAAGAGUAACAUGAAGAUAAAUGAGACCAGAGAGGACAUGGAUGCACAGUUGUUAGAACAGCAGAGUACGAACUCAAGUGAAUUCGAGGCACCAUCCCUCAGUGACAGUAUGCCUUCUGUAGCAGAUUCCCACUCUAGUCAUUUUUCUGAAUUUAGUUGUUCUGACCUAGAAAGCAUGAAAACUUCUUGUAGUCAUGGUUCCACUGAUUAUCACACCCGCUUUGCUACUGUUAACAUUCUUCCUGAGGUAGAAAACGACCGUCUGGAAAAUUCCCCCCAUCAGUGUAGCAUUUCUGUGCUUACUAAAACUGCUUCAUGUUCAGAAGUUCCACAGUUGAAUCAUAUUGCUGAAGAACAUGGCAACAGUGGUAUAAAAACCAAUAUUGAUUUAUAUUUUGGCAGUGCACUAAAAGAAGCAAAUAACAACCACUCACAUCAGACAGUGGAAUUAAAAGUUGCAAUUCAGACUGAUAUAUAGACCUACAAAUGCUGCAAAAUAAUUACCACUUGAAAAACCUUGUUUGGAGCUGGUUGAACUGCACGUGACUAUUUUAAGUUUCAAGUUGCCAGCAAACGCUGGGUUGCAUCAUCAUAAUGCAGAUACAUUUUCUGUGUUCAGCAAAGCAUUGUGUUUCAUGUGGAUCUUAAUUACCAAACUAUGAAAUGAAGGCUUUAAAAGUGCAUUAUUGUAAGGACAGUAAUUCUUAAGAGAAUUAUGUUUUGUGUGUUUGCCACAAAACAUUGCUUGAAGCACAUACUUGUGUAUUUAGAUAGAAAUUUGGCUUAAUUUAUAAUCAAUAUAAAAUACUAAUGCAGUUCUACAGCAUUCUUAUGAAGAGAACUUGAGGCUUAGGGCUAAGUGGUUAGUGACAUUUUAUUGAAACCACUAAAAGAUACUGUUUAAAGAACCUUGCAGGUUACUUGCAGUAUAUGAUACACUUUGUAACAUUUAUGUUCAUAACUGGGCAUAAAUUUCAUUUUUUUCUUCAUAUGCAGUGUGGAUAUAUACAGCUUAAUGCAGCCCAUUUGCUACCAUUUGGAUACUUAGACACUUUGAGCAAGAUUGUGGCAGUUUUUGCACAACUUUGAAAUAGAAACACCUGGUACCCUAUAUAUCUUGUAUAUUGUUGCCAUCUUAGAAGAAAAGUGUAAAAGUAGGUAAUUAAGUAUACUGACAGCACCAAAUAAAAUAUAUAAAACUGCAAAAUAAAAUUCCAUUAGUUUAUAAGUAUUACAAAAAAGUCACCUUUCAUUAAGGGGAAGUUUGCACCCCACUGAUUCUUGGUGCCUUCAGAAUAGAGUAGAUUUUAAGGGCCUACUUCUUUGAGGGUUUUGCUGUAUUGUUUUCCAUAAUGUCCUCUCUAGCCACCUUGGAUUAUGUAGAAAAAUACAGGGUAGAGAAACAUAAAUAUGAUUAACAAUAACAAUGCUGAAAAAGUAUUAGCCUACCAAAGACACACUCAGGCUUUAGUGAAUAACUUUACAUAACCUCAGUUUUUAGCACAUGUAUAUCUUCUCCAAUCAUGAAAUCAAAGCACGGUGCAGAGUUUGUACCAAGUACUAAGGAGGGGUCUGUAUAUGGCUGGCUUUAUUUUCCUUUGCUUUUGUUUAUGGAAGAUGUUCAGCUGACAUAAACAGAAGUUGGCCAAAAUAUUGCCUAUACUGUUAACUUCCAGUAUAAUUCACUUAAAUAAAACAGGCUAACCUCAGUUAAAAUAUUC